ACUGGCUAGGUGGACCAGUGGGGCGCAGCAAAAUCGAGCCGGACAAAGUAAAUAGCCCACUAGCGGCAUACAUAUGGACUGUAUUCCACUCCGAAUCGGUGAACUAUCCGUGUUUUCAGCUUUAGUUUCUCCACCUCUCAGGAGCAGGCGGAUAAAGUGAAAGAACGCAGAGUUUAUAUACGCAAUGCGCCACUAACGCACUCAAAAGCAAGCCAAUGGACUGCGCCGCCUUCCCCAUGCACCCCAAAAUGGACGAGCAGCUGGCCCGCACGUUUGCCGCCAACGAGGAGGAGGAGGAGCGCCACAUUCAGAAGGUGCAGAACGCCUUCCUCUACUACGGGCCAUAUGCGUGUCAGCGGCUAAAGCGCUCCGUGGAUUACCUGAACAGCCUGUCUGCGGAGGAUCAAAUAAUGCUGGCCAAGUACCGGGGGCACUUGGAGUGUGUCCGCACGUGCAUCGAUCGCAAUCAGGCGGUUAUCCGGGAGAUACUGAGGGAGCGGGUUCUCUAUCCGCCGGAGGAAGCGGACGAAAAGCCCUCGGCGGACCGCUGGGAGUUCGACGAGCCGCCGCCACAUGUGAGGCACGGUGAUAUGGACCAGAAUGAUAUUCCAUUCGAUGAAGCUGACGUUGAACCUCUAAAAAUUUUAAAGGCCCAGUCGACGUUGAAGCUGAUCGCGCGCGACUGGAGCACCGAUGGCGCCCUGGAACGGGAGCAAUCCUACAAGCCGAUCAUCGACAGCAUCGUGGAGUACUUCAAGCCCGGCGACUACGAGCUGAAAGAGAUUAAGAUCCUGGUGCCCGGAGCGGGACUGGGGCGACUCACCUACGAGCUGGCUUGCUUGGGAUACUCUUGUGAGGGCAACGAGUUCUCCUACUUCAUGCUGAUCGCCUCCAACUUUGUCCUCAACCUGUGCGACUAUGAGAACAAGUAUGUGCUGUAUCCGUGGGUGCACCAGUAUGUUAACAACCUGAGGCGCGAGGACCAGGUGACCGCCGUGCGCUUUCCCGACGUCUGUCCGCUGAAGAAUCCGCCUAAGGGCCACUUUGAGAUAGCGGCAGGAGAUUUUCUGGAGGUCUAUAAGAUGCCAAACGCCUACAACUGCGUGGCCACGUGCUUCUUCAUAGAUUGUGCCAAUAACGUAAUUGACUUUAUACGCACCAUUUACAAAAUUCUUGUGCCCGGCGGCAUUUGGGUGAAUCUCGGCCCGCUGCUGUAUCACUACAGCGAUGUUAGCGGACAGAACAGCAUCGAGCCGACGUUCGAGGACCUGUGCAUCAUCAUGGAGAGCGUGGGCUUCAUAAUCGAGAAGUCGCGCACGGGUAUCCGCACCAAGUAUGCUCAGAACCCAUCGUCGAUGAAACAGAGCGAGUACCAGAGCCUCUUCUGGGUCUGCCGCAAGCCGGAUCCAUUUGAGGAGCAGCGGGGCAAGCGUAAGGCCUCGCGGGAGCCACAUGAUCUCAUUGUGCGCGAGGACAGCGAGGAGGAGGCGGAGCAGCACCAGGAGCGGGCAGGGGAGCAGACAGAACAGCUGAAGCAGCCAGCCACGUCCAACGAUGAGACUGAGAUGGAAGCCCAGCCAACGUGAUAGCCAUGGAGUCCAAAACCCAGCCACCCAACCGAACUCAAAUCCCAAUCCAAACCAAACCCACCUACAAAUGCCAUCACCACCAUUACCUUAAUCACCGCGUCAUAGGCAAGACGGGAAACUCGAAUCGCCACCACAAUUCGAUGAUGAUUCGACGUUGUUGAUUAACUGCUUUACCUCUCUUCUAUUAUACACCAUUAGAGUUGCUAGAUUUUAAAGUUGUUCAAAUCUACAAGUGUUAGAAAACUCCUUGCUCGACUAACGUGCAAAGUCAACAGCGAGUGUUUCGAAAUAUAGGCCAACCAAAUAUACCAAAAUGAAUUUUAGAGAAUUUCUUGCUCCAAACAAAAUCUGUCAUGCAAAUUCAAAGUGAGUUUCGAAAUAGGCCAAGCAAAUAUACCAAAACAAAACGUUAAGUAUAAAUAAAUAAUUUUUAUUUGUUUA